AUGCUGGUGGAUGAUUGGAAUGGGUUCGACGAGGACUCGGAGCUUACACCUUCCGACCAAUCAAACGAGAGCAACACAUGCUUGAACAAGCAAUUGCAGGAAUACUAUCUUGAGCUCACCGAGGAUGGUCGGUUUGUACGGUGGAUGCGCAAUAACCCGAAAUACCCUCGCAACUGGACCGGCCUGAGAAAGACAUACGACACUACCGUGAUUUGCCUAUUGGAUCUAUUCGUAACAGCGAGUAGCACGGCAGGUGCAGCUGCUGCCGGCGAUGCUAGACAUGAAUACCAUCUGGCUAAGACCGUUUCGAUACUAUGUUUUGUGACUCUGUUUCCCCUCGGGCAGUGUGUGGGGAAUAUCUUCCUUCCACCCCUAUCUGAGACCUUCGGCCGCAAAAAUCUCUACAUCUUAAGCGGAGUUAUGAGCUGUAUAUGCUGUACUAUCAUCGGGCUUGUACAUUCCUUUCCCGUCUCAGUGAUCAUGAGAUUACUCGGUGGCACCUUCUCGGCUGUUCCAGGUACUAUUGUCGGAGGGAGCAUAGAGGACAUGUUCAACUCUCAGGCUCGCAUUUGGGUGGUCUUUUUCUGGACCAUCGCCUCGAACAUUGGACUCAUGAUCGGCCCAGUAGUCAGUAGUUAUGUUGUUGCUUCGCUCCAUUGGCGAUGGGUCUUCUACAUCUACGCUAUCAUCAUUGGAGUCAUUACCGGGCUUCUUUUCCCAAUUCUUGAGUCAAGAUCUUCAUAUCUUCUGGUACAUGAAGUUAAUAAGUUACGACCUCAGAUCCCGCAUAUCCGCCCUCCUUUGAGCCAUGAUCAUAGCCUGGAUAUACGGGUAUUUUUGCAGAAAGGUCUUUUCCGCCCUAUCGAGUUAUUUUUCAAAGAGCCCAUCGUGAUCACCCUUUCUGUGAUUAUAUCUUUCCAUGGGGUUUUCUUCCUCCCAGGCUUCUUUGAUAUUUUUAGCUCUCGCUCUUGGUACAUGUCUAAGCGCAUUCACAAGGGUCCUCGACAACCACAUCGCCAACCGGCGAAAAGCGCGUGGUCUUCCGAUUCGACCCGAAGACAAAAUUAUCGGAAUGGCUAUUGGCGCACCAUGUUUGGCAAUCGGCCUUUGGUGGUUUGCAUGGACUAUUCCCCAAAGGUACAGGGCCCACAUGUACCCUGGAUCUUGCCGACAAUAUCGCUGGUUCUUGUGGGCUAUGCUAUGACGGAAGUCGAUACAGUGCUAUAUGGGUAUAUCUCCGAUAGUUACCUGAACUACUCUGCCAGCGCUUCCGCAGCAGUGGCAUUCAUGAGAGGAAUGCUUUGCGGGACAUUUCCGUUAUUUACGCCCCAGAUGUUCGAUGGUCUAGGCGCGAAUAUCGCAGGAUCGGUGUUGGCGGCGGUGGCGACAAUAUUCUGUAUCGUACCCCCUUUGCUCAUGUGCUAUGGGGAACAGAUUCGUCGCCGGAGUCGAUUUGCUAAGUACAGCUGGGAGAUACAAGAGGAGAUGGGAAAAGAGGAAAGUGACAGGUGA